AUGAAUACCUCAGCCCCACCCGCCGUCAGCCCCAACAUCACCGUCCUGGCACCAGGAAAGGGUCCCUGGCAAGUGGCCUUCAUUGGGAUCACCACGGGCCUCCUGUCACUGGCCACAGUGACCGGCAACCUGCUGGUACUCAUCUCCUUCAAGGUCAACACGGAGCUCAAGACGGUCAACAACUACUUCCUGCUGAGCCUGGCCUGUGCCGACCUCAUCAUUGGCACCUUCUCCAUGAACCUCUACACCACGUAUCUGCUCAUGGGCCACUGGGCUCUGGGCACACUGGCCUGCGACCUCUGGCUGGCCCUGGACUACGUGGCCAGCAACGCCUCAGUCAUGAACCUGCUGCUCAUCAGCUUUGACCGCUACUUCUCCGUGACCCGGCCCCUGAGCUACCGCGCCAAGCGCACACCCCGCCGGGCGGCCCUGAUGAUCGGCCUGGCCUGGCUGGUUUCUUUCGUCCUCUGGGCCCCAGCCAUCCUCUUCUGGCAGUACCUGGUAGGGGAGCGGACGGUGCUGGCCGGGCAGUGCUACAUCCAGUUCCUCUCCCAGCCCAUCAUCACCUUUGGCACAGCCAUGGCUGCCUUCUACCUCCCUGUCACGGUCAUGUGCACGCUCUACUGGCGCAUCUACCGGGAGACAGAGAACCGGGCCCGGGAGCUGGCAGCCCUGCAGGGCUCCGAGACGCCGGGGAAGGGGGGCGGCAGCAGCAGCAGCUCAGAGAGGUCCCAGCCAGGGGCUGAGGGCUCCCCGGAGACCCCUCCAGGGCGCUGCUGCCGCUGCUGCCGGGCCCCCCGGCUACUCCAGGCCUACAGCUGGAAAGAGGAGGAGGAGGAGGAUGAAGCCUCCAUGGAGUCCCUCACGUCCUCGGAGGGUGAGGAGCCCGGCUCUGAGGUGGUGAUCAAGAUGCCCAUGGUGGACCCCGGGGCGCAGGCCCCCGCCAAGCAGCCGCCCCGGAGCUCCCCGAAUACGGUCAAGAGGCCGACCCGGAAGGGGCGUGAGCGAGCGGGCAAGGGCCAAAAGCCCCGUGGGAAGGAGCAGCUGGCCAAGCGGAAGACCUUCUCGCUGGUCAAGGAGAAGAAGGCGGCUCGGACCCUGAGCGCCAUCCUGCUGGCCUUCAUCCUCACCUGGACACCGUACAACAUCAUGGUGCUGGUGUCCACCUUCUGCAAGGACUGUGUUCCCGAGACCCUGUGGGAGCUGGGCUACUGGCUGUGCUACGUCAACAGCACCAUCAACCCCAUGUGCUAUGCGCUCUGCAACAAAGCCUUCCGGGACACCUUCCGCCUGCUGCUGCUCUGCCGCUGGGACAAGCGUCGCUGGCGCAAGAUCCCCAAGCGCCCCGGCUCUGUGCACCGCACCCCCUCCCGCCAAUGCUGA